CACAGAUUGGUAUCAAGUUUUCAGUGAAGCUUAUUCAAAUUUAUUCAGUGAACAGAAUUCUGAAGCCAAACCUACUACAAGCGAAGACUGUUUUUAGCAACAGGUCAUAAUAAAAAGCUAGGAAACUCACCCCAAAUUCAAAUGAUUUUAUUAAAAUUAUUAGUAUGAAAGGUGUAGCAUUGAAACUGCUUGGUCCUGUUAUAGAAAGUUUGCAGUUAGUUUGUACUUCGUUAGCCAGUCGCACAGCACAUCAUCGCAACAUGCGUUGGUUCAGUGGCAUUCGUAGAGUUACUACCAGUGCUUACCUAAAAACUACAUUGGCACCAUCUGUACAACUACAUCCAACAGAUCAAAUAAUGCAAACAACCAACGAGAAACUUAAAGGUUUUUUUGAAAACAUCAUUGGAAAGGAGAAUAUGAACAAUGUGGAUACUGAAGCAGCCAGAUGGCUGAACAGUUUUCAAGAAGGACUUCCAGAUUUAUCAUCGCUUGGUAUUGAUCCAAGCAACAUGCCAGAGUGGAACUGGGAUGCAUUUAUAACGAAAAUGCUGCCUCCAACUAAUGAAACUGAUACUAUCACUACUACAAACAAAGAUGAUGAAGAAAUUCCACCCGAAUGUAAAAUGACCACUCCUGAAAUGAUUAGGCAUGCUGGCUACCCAUGUGAAGAGCACACUGUUGAGACAGAAGACGGCUACAUUCUCACUAUGCAUAGGAUACCACAUGGAGUUUCAGAUAUCGGUCGAAAAGGGAGAGGUCGUUUUCGGCAAAAACGUUCUGUUGUUUUUAUGCAACACGGUUUGCUUGCUGAUUCUUCAUGCUGGGUCGCUAAUGGACCUGGUGAAAGAAGCUUGUCAUAUGUUCUCGCUGAUCUUGGCUGUGACGUUUGGUUGGGUAAUGUCAGGGGUAGCACUUAUUCUCGUGCCCAUACCACUCUUAACGCUGAUACUUCAGAAAAGUACUGGAGGUUUUCAUGGCAACACAUGUCGGAACAUGACAUUCCUUCAAUGGUUGACAAAGCAUUGCAAGUGUCUGGCCACAACAAUUUGUAUUACAUUGGCCAUUCACAGGGUACCUUGGUGGCAUUUGCUCGCCUUGCGGAAAACACAGAGUUCAAUCAAAAAAUUAAAAUGCUUUUUGCACUUGGUCCUGUCACAAGCUUGGCAAACCUGACCAGUCCAAUAAAGUCACUUGUGUACCUCAACCGACCUGCUUUUCUUGGAAUGUCAAUGUUUGGCGGAACUGAGGUCCUUCCAAAAAAGGCGCUUUCUCAAUGGAUCAGUGCAAAAUUGCACAAAAUGCAAAAAGAGCAGACCAGUGAUUCGUUAGGGAACCAAAUUGCUUAUCAAGGCAACAAUUUGAUGAUGUAUCUGUGUGGUGUACACUUGGAACAUUACUAUAAAGACAGACUACCAGUGUAUUUGUCUCACACACCUGGUGGAACUUCUCUUCAAAAUCUUCUGCAUUUAUCACAGAUGAUUGAAUCGGGAAAAAUGCAGAAGUGGGAUUAUUGGUCCGUAAAGGAAAAUCUGGAUGCAUACGGCCAAGAAACACCACCAGAAUACGAUGUGUGCAAAAUAAAAACACCAAUUGCGUUGUUUGUUGGUCAUCUUGAUCAAUUGGCUCAUCCUGAUGACAACAGGCUACUGUCACAGAAAUUAAACAGCCUUUUUUACUACAAAGUGCUUGAUGACUGGGACCACUUGGAUUUUCUGUGGGGAAAAAAUGCUGGUUUUAUUUACAAAAAGAUAUCCGCCAUCAUUAGUGAGAAUGAAGGAGUUACUCACAACGUGGACGAGUUGUAGCAAGAUAUUUUAAAGUUUUGAACCUUUUUUUAGGAAUGUUUUAAUUCUACCUGCACUUCUGUUCGAUUACUUUUGGCCGCGAUUUUAUGCUGCUUUAAAGAUGUACUAUAUUAUACCUUUACUGUGCAAGUUUCAUGCAGAUUUUAAUACAUUUUAAACAGCAUUA